AUUGCCGUGGAAGGAGAGCAGCCUGACCUCGCCGCAUGUGGUUGGGCCAGCUACAAUCUGGGAGCAGCAGUGGGCCAGUGGCGAUGAUGACUUGAGCUUCACGGCAGCGAGCCUUGAAUCCCAGUCGACCAUGGGCGCUGGUUCGUCCCCGCCCAGCACGCACUGCGCUGAGCUGGACGCCGUCCACCAAGCUACCCUGCGCACACAGGGACGAAGACGCAUGCGUUCCCAUGGAUGCCCUGCGCUGUCUGCGGCGGGCGGCAGCGGCGUCGCGCCGAGCUGCUCCGCUAGCCGCCGCACGAACCGCCCCUCAACUCGCCGUUGCUCCGCCGUGCGUCGGACCGUUGGCCACGGGCGCGCUAGCAACGGCGACGCUCGACAAGGGCGGCCCCUGCUGAGCACGAGCAGCCCGAGACCACCGUCGCCUCCACAACCCCAGAAGAACACCAUGGGCGCCGCCCGAGCUACUCCCUGCCGCGGCUGCAUCUGCCGGCUCCAUGGCGCGCCGCCGGCGCGGCCUCGCCUGUGCGGACGACACGGGCUCGCCUGGUCGUGGCUGCGGUCGAAGGCCAGCACCAAGCCCGGUCUACCCCGAGAGCACGACACCCUGGCGGCGAGCAGGCGACGCCCAUAACCUGUUUGUUGAAAUGCCCAGAGAAAAAGGAGGAAGAAGUAAAAAAAGAAAAAUGCAAAAGAAAAAACCCUUGAGUCAUUGACAGGUGGGACCCUCGUCCAACUCAGCAGAUUGUCCACGCAAGCACGCCACGUCAGCCUGACAGGCUAUCGGGCAUGCUCUCCACAUCUUUCCCCGAAGGAAGCAUUCGAUGACCAUACUCCAUGAUGUUAGUGGGAUCAUCAAGCCACGGAGGAUGACUUUGCUAUUAGGACCUCCUGGGUCUGGCAAGACCACGUUGCUCUUGGCAUUGGCCGGGAAGCUUGACAAGGAGCUCAAGGUUUCAGGUAAGGUUUCCUACAACGGCUAUGAGAUGAAUGAAUUUGUCCCUGAAAGAACAGCUGCGUACAUUAGCCAGCAUGAUCUCCACACUGGGGAGAUGACUGUAAGGGAGACCUUGGCCUUUUCAGCACGCUGCCAAGGUGUUGGCUCUCGAUAUGAAAUGUUGACUGAGUUGGCAAGAAGGGAAAAUACAGAGAACAUCAAGCCAGAUAAUGAUAUCGAUGUUUAUAUGAAGGCCUCAGCAAUGGGAGGACAAGAAUACAACGUUGUUACAGAGUAUAUACUGAAGGUGCUAGGAUUGGAUAUCUGUGCUGACACAGUGGUAGGAAAUGACAUGUUAAGGGGUAUAUCCGGUGGACAAAGGAAGCGUGUGACAACAGGUGAAAUGCUUGUUGGUCCAGCAAGAGCUCUGUUCAUGGAUGAGAUAUCUACUGGGCUGGACAGUUCAACCACAUACCAGAUUGUGAACUCCAUUAGGCAGACUAUCCACGUCCUUGGUGGGACUGCUGUCAUCUCCUUGCUCCAGCCGGCACCAGAAACAUACGACUUAUUUGACGAUAUUAUACUCCUCUCUGAUGGGUAUGUUGUGUACCAAGGAGCCCGUGAACACGUUCUCGAGUUCUUUGAGUCAAUGGGCUUCAGAUGCCCGCAGAGAAAGGGUGUUGCGGACUUCUUGCAGGAAGUGACAUCAAGGAAAGAUCAAGAGCAAUAUUGGUAUAGGAGUGACAUGCCAUAUCAUUUCGUGCCCGUGAAGCAAUUUGCUGAUUCAUUCCAUUCCUUCCACAUGGGACAAUUUGUUCAUAAUGAGCUUUUAGAGCCAUUUGACAGGACCAAGAGCCACCCUGCUGCUCUUGCUACCUCAAAGUUUGGUGUCAGUAGGAUAGAGCUUCUCAAGGCAACCAUGGAUAGAGAGUUUCUACUUAUGAAGAGGAACUCAUUUUAUUUUAUUUGUAAAGCUGCUCAACUAUGUCUUAUGGCAUUCCUUGCGAUGAGUACAUUUUUCCGUACCAACAUGCACCGUGACCCCACUUACGGAACAAUAUAUAUGGGGGCACUAUACUUCGCCAUUGACGCAAUCAUGUUUAAUGGUUUCUCAGAGCUUGGCAUGACUGCCACGAAACUUCCUGUUUUCUUCAAGCAGAGGGAUCUUCUUUUUUUUCCUGCAUGGGCCUACACCAUACCAGCGUGGAUUCUCCAGAUUCCUAUAACUUUUUUUGAGGUCGGAGUUUAUGUUUUCACAACAUACUAUGUCAUUGGAUUUGAUCCCAGCAUAAGCAGAUUAUUUAAGCAGUAUAUGCUGCUCCUUGCACUCAAUCAGAUGUCAUCCUCACUGUUCCGCUUCAUUGCUGGACUUGGAAGAGACAUGGUUGUGUCUAGCACCUUUGGGCCCUUAGCAUUGGCGUCUUUUACAAUAUUGGGUGGCUUUAUUCUUGCAAGACCUGAUGUGAAGAAAUGGUGGAUUUGGGGUUACUGGGUAUCUCCAUUGUCGUAUGCACAGAAUGCUAUUUCAACAAAUGAAUUUCUGGGCCAUAGUUGGAACAAGAUUCUUCCUGGACAAAAUGAUACAAUGGGAAUUAUGGUCCUGAAAUCUCGUGGAAUUUUUACUGAGGCCAAGUGGUAUUGGAUUGGAUUUGGUGCAAUGAUUGGAUACACACUCCUCUUCAACCUGCUAUACACCCUAGCUCUUUCAGUUUUGAAUCCACUAGGUGACACUCACCCAACAAUGCCUGAAAAUGCAAUAAAGGAAAAGCACGCCAACGUAACUGGAGAAAAUUUGGAAGAUCCCGAGAAAAAGAAAUGUAGAAAGCUAGAAUUGUCUGGCGGCGCCAACCAAAACUGUGCGACCAGCAACGUGGGUUCUAGUUCAAGAAGGAAGGGCAUGGUGCUCCCAUUUGCGCAACUGUCACUAAGCUUUAACGCUGUAAAAUACUCAGUGGACAUGCCACAGGCAAUGUCGGCACAAGGAGUGACAGAUGACCACUUGGUGCUUCUAAAGGGAGUUAGUGGUUCUUUCAGGCCAGGAGUACUUACCGCGUUGAUGGGUGUGAGUGGUGCCGGAAAGACUACUCUUAUGGAUGUAUUAGCGGGAAGAAAAACUGGAGGUUACAUAGAGGGGGAUAUCACCAUCUCAGGCUAUCCAAAGAAGCAAGAGACUUUUGCACGUAUAUCAGGAUACUGUGAGCAAAAUGAUAUUCAUUCUCCGCACGUAACUGUUUAUGAGUCACUCGCGUUUUCCGCAUGGCUGCGGCUUCCAUCGGAAGUUGAUUUAGUCACAAGAAAGAUGUUUAUCGAGGAGGUCAUGGAGCUUGUAGAGCUCACCUCAUUGUGGGGUGCACUUGUUGGUCUUCCAGGAGUUAAUGGCCUAUCAACUGAGCAACGCAAGAGACUAACUAUUGCUGUGGAGCUUGUUGCUAACCCUUCAAUUAUUUUUAUGGAUGAACCAACAUCUGGUCUUGAUGCUCGGGCAGCCGCAAUUGUCAUGAGGGCGGUAAGGAAUACUGUAAAUACUGGUAGGACAGUUGUCUGCACUAUUCACCAGCCAAGUAUUGACAUAUUUGAAGCAUUUGAUGAGCUUUUCCUAAUGAAGAGAGGAGGAGAAGAGAUAUAUGUCGGCCCACUAGGCCAUAAUUCCUCAAAAUUGAUUGAGUACUUCGAGGGAAUUGAAGGCGUCAGUAAGAUAAAAGAUGGAUAUAACCCAGCAACAUGGAUGCUGGAAGUGACAUCUAUUGUCCAAGAGGAGAUGCUUAGUGUUGACUUCUGCGAAAUCUACAGGCGAUCAGAACUCUACCAAAGGAACAAGGAACUUAUAGAAGAGCUAAGCACACCACAUCCUGAUUCCAGUGAUCUCGACUUCCCUUCGCUGUACUCUAGAUCAUUCUUCACACAAUGCCUAGCUUGCCUAUGGAAGCAGAAGUUAUCAUAUUGGAGGAACCCAUCUUAUACAGCAAUGAGAUUUCUCUUCACUAUCAUCAUUGCACUACUGUUUGGGACAAUGUUUUGGGGCCUGGGACAAAAAACUAAAAGAGAACAAGAUCUGUUCAAUGCAGUGGGAUCGAUGUAUGCCGCAGUUCUUUACCUCGGAAUCCAAAACUCUGGUACCGUUCAACCGGUGGUGGCAGUGGAGCGCACAGUUUUUUAUAGAGAAAGAGCAGCCGGCAUGUAUUCAGCUUUCCCAUAUGCAUUUGGACAGGUUGCGAUUGAAUUUCCAUACAUCCUCGUGCAGACCGUGAUAUAUGGUGUACUAGUCUAUUCGAUGAUUGGAUUUGAGUGGAGUGUUGCCAAGUUUUUUUGGUACUUGUUCUUCAUGUACUUCACGCUUCUAUAUUUCACCUUCUACGGGAUGAUGGCGGUAGGACUGACACCAAACGAGAGCGUAGCAGCAAUCAUCUCAGGAGCGGUCUACAAUGCGUGGAACCUCUUCUCAGGAUAUCUUAUUCCUCGACCUAAAAUUCCUGUUUGGUGGAGAUGGUAUAGUUGGAUUUGCCCAGUUGCAUGGACACUAUAUGGAUUGGUUGCUUCGCAGUUUGGUGAUAUUCAAACGAAACUCGUCACGAAAGAUCAAACUGUGUCCCAGUUCAUCGCAGAGUUCUAUGGGUUCGACCGUGACUUGUUGUGGGUUGUUGCAGUAGUUCAUGUUGCUUUCACCGUGGCUUUCGCUUUCAUGUUCAGUUUUGCCAUUAUGAGGUUCAACUUCCAGAGGAGAUGAAGGAGAGGAGAUGUCAUUUUUCUGUAUCCGGUUGUAUUUGCACUGGGUGCACUGCUGAUGCAUAGCACCCGUUGUUAAUGGAGAUCACUGUAACCAUUUGAGGUUUUUGUUCCAUUCUGCAAUAAAGAUCCUUCACAAGGUCUUAUUA